AUGGUCAUCGCUUCAGUUGUUGUCACAGAACAAGCCACGGACUUCCAUCUUUCGGUGGGAAAAAGUCACUUCCAGCUUCCCCACGCCGAGAAAACGGCACGACGGGUGGUUCCGAUCCAACACCCCGCAAGCAGCAGUGUCGAUUUUGGCGCCGAAGUUUACGGAAUCGACUUGAACUCUUUCACCGAUGCCGACUAUGAACUAAUCUCCACUGCUCUGCAUACGCACAAGUUACUCGUCUUCAAAGAACAGCCGCAGAUGCUUACGCCGCAGCAGCAAUACAGACUAACCUCGAGCUUCGACCCUGAUGAAACGACUGGUGGUUUUGCGCAUGGAAAAGAUCCCUUGUUGACAACCCACAACGGUGUUGACAUUUACGGCAUUCCCAAACGCCCGGCGAUUCCCCAACAACCACAAGUACACAUUCUCGGUCGCGGGCCGUUGCCUGACAACCAUUAUGGCUUUCCGCCUGGAUUCGAGGUUCAGGGCAUUGAUCAUGAGGAGUUCCAUCUCCCACCACACAUCCCGGCCGUGGAUCGAGAGAAAGGUGCUUCCCGUUUCUAUCAAUGGCACUUCGAUGGCGCCUUAUACGCGAUCCCCCCACCACGAGUAGGCUGCUUGCUGGCCGUUAAAACACCCAAGGGGCCCGAUGUCACUGUGAGGUGGGAUGAUGGUAGCGGUACAGAGAUGAAGAUGACACCCGGUUCAACCGCUAUGGUGGCCGGAAGCAGGGCUUUGGCUUUGCUUGAUGAGGAAACCCGGAACAUUGUUUUGAACAGCCGGAUUGAAUAUGCACCUCAUGCAUUUACCUGGAUGGCCGGAGCUCACAGCACGCGUCUAGGACACCUGCUGGAAACGGAAGGAUUAGAGAAGCCCUUGGACCAGUUGCCUCGAUGGGAAAGCUGCAAAAUUUGCGUGUAUCCCAUGGUGUGGACCAACCCCAAAACCGGGGAGAAGUCGUUGCAAGUACAUGGCCAAGGGGCUUUGAAGCUCUACUUGAAGACCGAGCCAAAUGGUCCGGAGACAGUAGUGGAUGAUUUGAAGGAGGUCAGAUCUUUCAUGGACAAGAUAAUGAAACCGGUACUGCAACCGGAAAACAUUUACGCCCAUCCCCACCAAGAACAGGACGUGAUCCUGUGGUAUAACCGAGCUUUGUGGCAUAGCAUUACAGAGUUCCCCAAGGCCUAUGGGCCUCGGGUGAUGCACCAGUGCAAUAUUGCCGCCAGUGAUCAUCCUUCAGGGUAA